GCAAAGAGGAGCUACUACUCAUUCCGGGAAUCCCCAAAAUGUGCCUUGCCUGGGGCUUGUGGGCCCUUUUAGGGGUUGUGACGCUGCUGCUGCUUCUCUCACUGGCGGCACACUUGUCCCGCUGGACUCGCACCAGGGGCAGGAGCCCUCCGGGACAGAACCGCUCCGGAGGCUCUGCGGAAGAGGUGCCGCUGUAUGGGAACCUUCAUUAUCUGCAGACAGCACGGCUGUCUCAAGAACCUCGGCCGGACCAGCAGGAUCCAACACGUGGAGGCCCUGCCAGGGCUGCGGAGGUGAUGUGCUAUACCAGCCUGCAGCUGAGACCUCCUCAGGGCCGGAUGCCCAGCCCGGGCACCCCCAUCAAGUACUCCGAGGUGGUGCUGGAUUCGGAGCCGCAGCCCCAGGCCCCGAGCCCCGAGCUGGAGCUCUACGCCUCGGUGUGUGCCCAGACCCGCAGGCCGCGGGCCUCCUUCCCAGACCAGGCCUACGCCAACAGCCAGCCUGAGCCCAGCUGA